CACUAAUUAGGCUACAACUUCUAGAUAUUUGCUACGGCACGGUCACGAAUUACAAUCUAUGUUUACACGCGUCUUUGUGUUCUGCAUGUCUUCUCGGUUCACGAACGUAGCUGGAUACAAUCUGUGGCCCACACGAACCCUCGACCUCUUCUCGAUCCACGCGACCAGUUCAGAAGCCACAGCAGUAUCACAAUGGCACCCGCCGUUCCAACAACAGAAACUCUCACACUCCGCCUGAAGCACCACCGUACCACCGUCUUCCUCUAUGCCUCACCACUUCAAUCCCUCGCCGAACUUAAAACCGACCUCAUAACCGCACUACGCGAAACAACUCCUUCGGACACGCUUGCUGGCCGUCCCCUCCCAACGUCGCCGGAGCAAAUCACACUUGGCAAGCCGAAGGACAGGAACGAUUACGCCCUGGGUUGGAUACGGAUCGAGGAAGGUGAAGAGAGCAAGGGAAAAGAGAGUAUCAAGCUUGCAGGUUUGAAAGAGGGUAUGGUUGUCGCUUUCAAGUGGGGAGAUGAAAGUCAGAUGACCGAGAACGAGCAGAAGUAUAAGUGGGAUGUGGUGUUGCAGACGUAUGAUGAAGUUUACGGCGACGACUCAUAAUGAGCAGGAAUGGAUUGUGUAGGAGAUAUGUCUUGGGUGCAUUGAUAGGCAUUUAGCGUUUCACACGGACUAGGUACAUAUAUCCUCAAUAUGGCGUUCGAAGAGCAGAUCGCCAGAAACAGUAGAGAGUAUCACACGACACAUGAAAUUUGAAAUCGAAGGGCGCACUACCAAGAUGUUUUUGUAAGUCGAUUCUACCCACUCUAUGUUCUCGACGACCCGGACAAUGUGUUCUCCUCUACCCAUGUCAAACUCACAGGUCCUUACCAGCGCCUCGUCUCGCUAGCCAGACUACAUACAGCUUCUGAGGUGACAUGGAAUCAAUAGAAUCAGUCCUUAAAAGCACCUGGGAAAAUUUAAAGGUACUCAGAAGAUCAUUUGACAUGCCCUCUGGCCACAAAUAAACCAAGCAGUGGAAGUGCUUGGCUCAUCGCCAUCAUUUCGAUGGUCAUUUGCAUCCUGUAGCAAAACACCUGUG